AUGGAAUCUCCUCUUCAAAGAGCGGCGGAGGUAAGCAAGGAGCAUCCAAAACCUGAUAUUACGUUUUCCUAUGGAACGGCUGGAUUCCGCAUGCGAGCAGACCAUCUCGACUCUGUUAUGUACCGAAUGGGUCUUCUCGCUGUUCUUCGCUCGAAGGCAAAAGAAGGAAAAGUUAUCGGCGUGGUUGUUACUGCUUCGCAUAACCCUGUUCACGACAAUGGAGUCAAGCUGGUGGAUCCUCUUGGUGAAAUGCUUCAGCCAUCAUGGGAGAAGCACGCAUCGGAGCUAGCAAACGCGGAAGAUAUUGUCGAGGUUCUGAGGGGGGUGGUGGAAGAGCACAGCAUCGAUUGGAACGUUCCUGCGAAGGUUUUUAUCGCUCGAGACACGAGACCUAGCGGAGUGGAAUUUGUGAAGGCUUUGUUGGAUGGAGUACAAGCUUUGGGUGGAUCUGGUCGGGAUUAUGGUGAGAGCUUCUUGUUGUCUUGCAAAGAGAACGCACCCCUCCCCCGCCCCUUUUGAUAAUGAGGCAUGAAUAGUCUAGCAACGUGAAUAGGCCUCUCCCCUUCCGUGAUAAAAUACAAGUGACACAGUUAAAGUAGAUAGAUCGAUAGACACUUAAUCUAACCAUGGUAGUUUUAUCAGCUUCCGUCGCUGGUUUAUGCAUCAGUCAAUUGCAAUUCCAGCUGCGCCCAGCUUCCACCCCCCCUUCCCUGGGCAACUGCGGUGCAUUUGCGCGCCUUGUCAGUCCCGGGGGUGGGGCCUUGACACACAAGUGGUUAGCUAUAAAACAUGGAAAAUUUCGGAGGUAACGAUCUUCAGUUUGUGGCAGAUUGGCUUGUCCAGCAAGGGCUAGGAAAAAUUUUCGACUUUUUUAAAGGUAUGUUUUCUUCAUUUUAAUAUUUUCUUGCUCUUAAAAACCAGAAUUUCAAAGCAAAUAUCAAGAUCAGGAGCUUUGAUCACAUUUCGCAACAAGCCGCAUUUGAUUCAUUCUUUAUGGUAUUAAAAUGCCGGGUUUUGGCAAUAUUAAAGGUUUGUAAAUUUAAAAUGAAGAACCAUAACAUGUAUAAUUAAAAACGUUUACGCAUUUCUCACAUCAGGCCGCAAUUUUAGUGGUGUUUUGGCGGAUGAGUGAUUUUUAUCAUACAAGGAUGGAUCAAGGAUUUUUCUUGGGAGCGGGUGCACCACUAAGGAAUGGCGUAACUGACUGGUGACGUAAAGAGCAGCUGGAAUUGACUGUAGAUGCAUUACAUAGGAGCCAUGCAUUAAAAUAUUAAUAUAAAUAUCCAUCAGAGUUUUUAGUUUCUAAAUGUGAAAAAAUAUAUGUGAAACUAAAAGGGUAAAUCUGUGAAAAAAAUUCUGCAUUGGUACAGCUCAAACCUUUCUUUCCAAGUGGACAUCUUUGUUCAGCUGACAAUCAGGCAUCUACUUACUGGUAAUACAGUUAUCGAUUAAGAAAAUUACUGCCAAAUAGUAAAUUAGAGUGUAAUAGAGCGGUUUUCACUUGACUGUCGAAAGGGAUUGGUUUUGGUUUUGGUUUUGGUUUUACUACGCCCUUUGGUUGGCUAGUGUAUUUACUUUGGAUUUGGUUUUACGACAGUCAAGUGAAAACCGCUCUAUUGUGUAUUAGUCUAUGAUCUCCAUGUAUUUCAUGGGUUAAGUAAAAUCACUCCAAUAAUCCAGAACAUACCCUAUUUUAUCAUGAUCAUACAAACUCUCCAGACUAUGACCUUCACUACAUUUCCUCAAAGAAUCAGUAAGAGAAUCUGAUGAAAGAUCAAAGCAAUUUUCUCUGUUUGAUCAUUUUAUUUAUUCCCAUAACCUUUUCCCUCGUGUUUCUAUGGAUAUUAUUAGGAGAAAACUGAUUAUGGUCACUUUUGGGACUUUAAGGGGUAAUAUUGAUUCACAAAUUAACUGAUCACCCUUUUGUGUCAGGUGUUUUAAGCACUCCUCAGUUGCAUUACAUGGUCAGAUGCCAAAACACUGAAGGUGAAUAUGGUGAAGCAACAGAGGAAGGUUACUAUAACAAAAUCUCAAAUGCCUUCCUGGAUCUGAGGUCACUGUGUGGGAACACAGGUGUCCCUGUGAUCAAGCUGGAUGGUGCAAAUGGUGUAGGAGCACUCAAAGUCAAGAUGCUGGCCAAACAACUGAAGGGCACUUUGUCGCUUGUAAUUUGCAAUGAUGGUUCAAGUGGAAAGUUAAAUGAGAAGUGUGGUGCUGAUUACGUGAAGCUUUACCAGUGUGCUCCUGAUGGCAUGGACAUCAACCCAGGUGAUCGAUGUGUGACAUUCGAUGGUGAUGCUGAUAGAGUGUUGUAUUUUUACUAUGAUAAAGAUCACAAGUUCCACUUGCUUGAUGGGGAUAGAAUUGCAACCCUUGUAGUUGGAUAUUUGAAAGAAAAACUGGACAAAACAGGUGUUGUGCUUGAUAGAGGCUUGGGAAUUGUCCAAACUGCCUAUGCCAAUGGUAAUUCCACAUCCUAUGCUGAAAGCACCCUUGGAGUGCCUGUGGCAUGCACCAAAACAGGUGUGAAGCACGUUCACCACAAAGCUGAAGAAUUUGACAUUGGGGUAUAUUUUGAAGCAAAUGGCCAUGGAACUGCGUUGUUUACAAACGAUGUUGUGAGGAAGAUGAAGGCUGUUGUCCAAGACACAGAUACCAGCACAGAGAGGUCUAAAGCUGCCAAACAAGUCUUAAGCUUGAUAGGUUUAGUCAACCAAACUGUUGGUGAUGCUAUGAGUGACAUGCUGGUAGUGGAAAGCAUCCUCCAUGAAAAAGGCUGGAGUUUGGAAGAUUGGGCUGCUGUGUACACAGAUCUCCCUAACCGGCAACGCAAAGUCGCUAUCAAGAAUCGCAAUGUCAUUGAAACAACAGAUGCUGAAAGGAAGGUUACAGCCCCCCAGGGUCUUCAAGAUGAAAUUGAUAAGCUUGUUUCUGGGUACAAGAAUGCAAGAUCCUUUGUGCGACCAUCUGGUACUGAGGAUAUAGUACGUGUAUAUGCUGAGGCCGAUACGCGAGAAGCUGCUGAUUCUUUGGCAUUGGCUGUCAGCCAGAAAGUUUAUGAUUUAGCUGGUGGUAUUGGGGAUAGGCCAUAAUAAUAAUAAAUUUUAAUUGGAACCUAAUUUUUUUUCUAUUUUUUCUGUGAUGUUAGCUCUGUCAUGACCAGACAGGUUGAAUAUCAAAUUAUAACAGUUGAGAAAUAAUUAUUGGAGGGUUCUUAAUACAUGACACUUUAAAAAAUUUUUUAGUUAUUGAA